AUGGGACAUCUCUGCACAAGUCUACGGCACUCAUGAGCUUUGUGUUGUUGUUGUUGUUGUUGCUGCUGCUGUGACUUUCCUCCUCCUUCACAGUCCCCUGCAAGGAAGUAGACGCCUUCCAAGGUGAUAAUGCGGGAUCACACGUCCAGUGCUAAUGUGGAGGAGCUGCUGAGACAGUCUCAGAUGGAGAUACAGUGGAUCCAGAGACAGCUGGCCAUGAUCGCUGCCAGGAACAUUCACCACCACAUGCACAGCAAGGCCAAGUCACGAUAUGAAGUUUCAUCUCAACAAGCUACAGGACACUCACUCUACAACGUGAACCGUUUUCGACUGCUGGAAGAGAGAAACAGAGCUCUGAAACUUGAGGUGGCCACCCUUCGCCAAGAGAAGCAGCAGUAUAGGAAACUGAAAGCAAAGCUCCAUGCUGCCUUGCAGGAGAAAAAUCGCCUGAACCUUGAACUCAUUGGCCAACACUUGAAGGCAUCCAAGUAUGACCAGGUGCAGUCAGAUUAUGACCAGCUGAGACAGACUUAUGCUGUAGUGAGCCAGGAGAGAAACGCAGCCCAGCAGCACAGGAGCCUACUCCAAGGCAAAGUGAAGAACCUGGAGCAGGUUCUAAAGCAUAUGCACGAAGCUGUAGAACUGAAGCAGCAGCUGCACAUAGAGCAUGAGCAAGCCUUGGUGGACCUUCACCACAAGCAGAAGGAGAUCAAUCAGCUGCAAAAGGCUCGGGUUCAAUCUGACCAAGAGCAUGAAGAAGCAGUACACCUGUUAGAGGUCAAGGUUCAUGACCUGGAGCAGAAAUGCAGGUUACAAAGUGAGCACUUCCACCAGCUGUCCAAAGACCUGUUGAAUUUCCAUCUGCAGUCAAAUACUGUCGACAUCCUUCAAAUUAGUCCCACUUCCAAAUCCCACAUUCCCUUCUCACCAGAGAAGAAACUUGCACAAGUUGUGGUUGGAUUUGAACCCCAGCUACAAUCAGGCGAUGAGAGCGCGGCAAACACGCCGCAACUGAUCUCCCAGUUCUUGCCCUGCCCACCGCAGACUGGAGACAGAGAAAGACCAGAACUGCUGUCUGUCAAAUCCAGCACCGUGACAACGGCCCGCCCAAGCAGUCCACUACAGCUGACCCCCUCAGAGAUGGAGGAUGAGGCCAGCCCUUCACCCAGGUCCAAGCCUCGCUACACAGGCCAGGUCCGCCUUUGCACUGCCCGAUACAGUUAUAACCCUUAUGAUGGACCAAAUGAGCACCCUGAAGCAGAGCUUCCCCUUGUGGCUGGGAAGUAUCUGUACGUGUAUGGCAACAUGGACGAUGAUGGCUUCUAUGAAGGGGAGCUGCUUGAUGGCCAGCGAGGACUUGUCCCUUCCAACUUUGUGGAGUUUGUCCAGGACAAAGAAAAACCAGCAAUUCUAGCCGGGGAUGGAGGGGAAGACCUCAGUUCACUGGAUCAUAUACCCCUCAGCCUGACUGCGGUGGAUGGUGGUGCCUCCCAGGACAGCCUCUUGGGCUCAUCUAAAGCCUUGGUUCCCUGUAGCAAUGGGACAGGGGGGGCCCUGGACCCUGAGGACCUGGCAGAAGAUGUAGUGCCUUAUCCCCGAAAGAUCACUUUGAUAAAGCAGCUGGCACGGAGCGUCAUUGUGGCCUGGGAGCCUCCAAUAGUGCCUUUGGGCUGGGGGAACAUCUCUGGCUACAAUGUGUUGGUGGAUGGGGAGCUUCGUGCCAGUAUACAAUAUGGAGGUCGGACCAAGUGUCUGCUGGAGAAGCUGGACCUGGACGGCUGUGUUCAUCGUGUGUCAGUACAAUGUGUCACAGAUCGCGGUUUUUCUGAUGAGCUGCGCUGCACCUUGUUGGUAGGGGCCAACGUAGUGGUAGCACCGUGUGGUCUGAGGGUGGAUGACAUCCAGCGUGACACUGCCGAGCUCUCCUGGUUGCCAAGCAACAGUAACUAUGGUCACACAGUGUUCCUGGAUGGGGCAGAGCAUGCAGUGGUAAAGCCAGGAAGAUAUAGAUUACGCUUCCUAAACUUGAAGCCCCUGACAGUUUACAAGGUGACGGUUAUGGCACAACCUCACCAAGUUGCCAUGAACUGCCCGCUGGAGCAGAGAGAGAGGAAAGAGGCUGGUGUGGAGUUCUGCACUCAAGCUGCAGGUCCAACACCAUAUUGCAGAACAGGCCCUCCGCUGCCUCCCCAGGACGUGCAGGUGCUCUGUGGACAGGCCCCGGGGGUCCUGCAGGUCCGCUGGAAGCCCCCUAUCCUCUCUCCCACAGGCACUUCUAAUGGGGCAAAUGUCAUUGGUUACGCAGUCUGCACUAAAGGACAGAAGAUAGCUGAGGUGAUGUUCCCAAUGGCAGACUACGUCACCGUCGAGCUGACGAGGAUUCAGUGCCUGGAGGCCCGGGAAGUCAUUGUCAGGACACUGUCAGUGCAGGGAGAUUCCCAGGACUCCCAAGUCGCCGUCAUUCCAAACAACCUGCUCGUGCCUCUACCUCCACUUGCUCUGCCCCCACCAAUGCACCAACACACAGGCCCCCCUCCUCACCCACACGCUCCACCCCACAUCCAGUCCCCUCAUCUUCCCCAUACCAAGGCCCAGCUUCCUGCUCCACCUCAGGCGCACGGACAACCACUCCCACCCCACGCUCAACACCCACAACCCCACCCACGGCUGCCUCAUCCAGGAGGGCCCCCACAACCACAGCUUCGACCCCCACAUGGUCAGCCGCAGCCCUUACAUCUUCAACCUCACCCACCCCACCAAGGUCCCAGGCCACAGCACCAACUGCCUCUGCUACCCCACCACCAACCCCACCCUAUACCUCAGAGACCAGUAAGUGCCAGAGACCUGGAUGCCAAAGAGCAGGCAGCCCAUCAUGGAGGAGCUAUUCCACCUGGCCAGCCGGGCUGGGACCCCACACGCUCUCCCUCAUCCCAGCCCAUGCAAGGCCACAUGCUGGAGGCCCCUCCGCCACCUAACCCCCGAUCCCCCUCCCCUCAGAGGAUCCUUCCACAGCCUCGAGGCACACUUAUUCCAGACACAGUUGCCAAAGCCAUCGCCCGAGAAGCAGCACAGAGGGUGGCAGCAGAAAGUGGCAAGGGGGACAGAAGGCCAGGCAGGUACGGAGAGCAGGGUCAGUCAUUUCACCAGCAUCACUCGGAUGAGGAAGAGGAAGAUGAGGAAGGAUUUGCGCGAAUCCGUCGGAGAGGACCCUCUGUUGAUGAGUUCCUCAGAGGCUCUGAGUUGGGGAGGCCGCCUCACUAUAGUCACAAUGAAGAUUAUCACAGCGAAAGCAGCCGGGGCUCUGACCUGUCUGACAUCAUGGAAGAGGAUGAGGAGGAGCUGUACUCUGAGAUGCAGCUGGAAGAGGGACGGCGACGCAACUCGCACAACACACCCAAGACAAACAAUCCUGCCGGAGGCCGUCAUGACCGGGACACAGGGAGAAGAAUUCAUCAUGGUGGUCCUCAGAGGCGACCCCUGAUGGUCCCUUCCAUUGAGGUAACCUCUGAGAAUAACAGUGAGGGAAACCUCUCCCCCAUCACUGAGGAUGUUUACUAUGGCAAACUACCUCGGCACAGGACGUGGUCAUCCCGCAGGCACAUGGGCGGCACCCGGUCUCCCCAUGAUGGCUACAGGGAUCGAGAUCGCCGCUCACCCACGUACUAUGAUGAGUCAGAGCCAGAGGACUCUUUCCGGAUCUUUGUGGCCCUUUUUGACUACGAUCCUCUUUCCAUGUCCCCAAAUCCAGAUGCAGCUGAUGAGGAGCUGCCCUUCAAAGAGGGGCAGAUCAUAAGGGUGUACGGUGAUAAAGACACAGAUGGGUUUUACAGAGGGGAAGUAAGGGGGAGGAUGGGGCUGAUCCCCUGUAACAUGGUGUCAGAGAUCCGAGCGGAGGAUGACGAGACUAUGGACCAGCUCAUCAAACAGGGCUUCCUGCCCCUCAGUACCCCUGUGGACCGGAUAGAGCAGAACAGAAGAGGCCUCCGUCGAGAUCAGGCUUCGAGGAGGAUGGUGGCUCUGUACGACUAUGACCCCCGAGAGAGCUCCCCUAAUGUCGAUGUUGAGGCUGAGCUGACCUUCUCCGCUGGCGACAUCAUCGCUGUGUUUGGAGAUAUCGAUGAAGACGGGUUUUACAAUGGUGAGAUAAACGGCCACCGCGGUCUGGUUCCCUCCAACUUCCUGGAAGAAGUGCCUGAUGACGUGGAGGUGUAUCUGACGGAUACUCCAUCCCACUACCCCCAGGAAGAGCCUGCCAACCGGCCCCCUGCCAACUCCGCCGCCUCCAUCUCAGAGGGCAAACGGGUCACCACAGAAACCACAGACACGGUCAACAAUGACACCACACCCGUCCGAGCGCCAUCCCCCAUUGUCCGGCCCCUCCUCCCGGGUACCAUGAGACCCCUCAGCCCCACGAGGGGCCCCCACAUCCCCACGCUGGAUCCCCGGGACCCUCAUGACCUGGCAAACAAGAAGAAGAAGGGGCUGCUGUCGAAGGGGAAGAAGCUGCUGAAGAGACUGUCCCCUGUGAAAUAGAAGACAAAUAAUGUACAAUAAACGCACACGUUGGGCUCUGUAUAUUGCAUCCAUACAAUCAACUCGGAUCCACAUGACAGAGAGGAUGUGAGCUUUGUCUUCUGGACUGUAUGAGCCUAUUUGAAUAUAACCAGUGAAACAAUUAUUCAUGUUUGGUGAUGGAUACAAAUCAACUGAAUUAUGUACAGUGCAGUGCCAAAAACAAGAGAGAGGUCACCCACAGACACAAGAACAUAUUACUGUGAUGUAUUUUAAAUCAAGGGAUACUUAAAAUGAAAAAAAGAAGGAAAAAAAAAACUAACUAGGAUUUUCAUGACAUGUAUUUUCUCUUUUCUUUAGCAUUAGUCAAAGAAAUUUCACUUGUGCAUUUAUUUCAAGCAGGGUAGCUGUGAAUACAAAGCAUAUGGUUACACAAGUUUCCAAAAGGCUUUUCUCAGCAAAAAAAACAGACAUUUUUUUGUGGAGUAUUGAUGUUAACACAAGAAAACAGACAGUAUACUCCUCUAAGAACAUCACAAAUAGACUACACUGUUAUUGAGGCAUUCUGUGAAGCAAUGCUGGCUGCUAACACAAAAGGCUUUAUUUGGUGCAAUAUCAAUGAAAGGUAGCACGUGGGGAGAAAAGGGAACAUUUUACCCGUGAUUCAACAGGAGGGAGGGUAUUUUUUAUUUUAUUUAUUUAAUUUUUUUUUUUUUGAUGGAAGGAAUUCAAAAGGAAUUGCAGAUUAGCAACAGGGCAUUAAUAAGAGUGUGAGAGAAACACCGGGCAAGCUAAGCUGUCUCAGUGGCCUUUAUGAAAACAAAAAGAGCACGACUUUCCUCGUUUAAUUACAUUUGACAAGCUUGAUUUACAGGUUUUUUGUUCAGUGACGGGUUGCUUGUGCUUUGUCAUUUCUGAAAAGCGAAUAAGAGCAGAGAUGUUUGUCGUCCUCGCUGUCAGACUGUCAUGAAACGCCUAGUUCAAGACUAAAUUGUGUGUCUGUCUUCCUCUUGCACAAAAGUGGGUGUUGUUGUGUCUGAUGAUUGGUUAACGAUGUUUUGUGUGCCUGUGUGUGUGUACGUGUGUGUGUGUAAGGUUGUGUGUGACUGCAUUCCUGUUUUGCACCUUUCAUAUUUAUUGUUCAUUCUUUUUCUUUUCUGAAGGAGAGGACAUGUACUUAGCUGUCCUGUGAUCUGUAGUGAUGUGCUGCUACCUCCAUCGCCUGUGCACUGUUGAAUUGAGUUGUCUCACGUCAAAAAAACA